AUGACGGGAUGUCUUCCUGCCGCGAUUGGUGUGUAUUCCUUUACAAAAGAAGCAGCCUUGCGGAACGAAUUGUUUGUAACCAACAGCUACAACAAGUUAGCAAGACCGAGCACAGCUGUGACAAUAAACAUGCAACUGAAUCUGCUGACUCUAAAGGAACUGAAUAUCCGUGACCAAUACCUGACUGUGGUAGGAUACUUUGUCAUGAGAUGGGCUGAGACUAGCAGGUUGAAAUGGAGUACUAAUCCGACAUAUAGCAGUGACAUCCAAAACAUAUUUUGUACGGAAAAUGAAAUAUGGGUACCACCAUUGAUGAUUGAAAACUCGGUAGACAACGUCGGUGUUAUUAGUGAUAACACUGUCCGAAUACGUGUGGCUGCCACCGGACAGGUCACAUGGUCUCCUGCAGAUAUUUUCACCACUAGUUGUGUUACUGACGUCACUUACUAUCCAUUUGAUACCCAAACAUGUGAUAUUAUUGUGACGUCAUGGGGAUAUACUAAAUCUGAAAUGAAACUUGAAGUUGAUAGUUAUGUUCCUUUAGGAGUGUCAAAUUACCAGGAGAAUGGCGAAUGGAAAUACAUAGGAUAUACUGUUACCAAUGGGGUAGAAAAACGCGAGGCUGUACAGUUUUUUCAAAUAAUUUACAGCCUCACUUUCGAACGACGAUCUGAAUUUCAUAUAGUGAACAGCAUUGCGCCAAUGGUUUGUAUUUCACUGCUUGCUUGUUUUGUUUUCAAACUAUCAGCGGAUGCAGGAGAAAAGGUUGGAUUUAGCCUCACUAUCUUACUGACGUCUGCUGUAUAUUUGACUCUGGUCUCCGAUAGCAUACCAACAACUUCUUUGACGACACCGUAUCUCACCACCUAUCUUAUCUCUCUUCUGGGCAUGGAAAUACUUUCAGUCAUAUUAACUGUUAUGAUUCUGGAUUGUCACCACAAAGAUGGCAGCACCGAGAUACCAAAAUGUCUCCGAUUUUUCAUGGAGAAGAUAAUAUCAAGACUAAUAUGUUGGAAAUGUAAAUCUGGUUGUAGUUAUGAGCGAUCAAAGAACGGGAACAGUGUGAUGGAUAUAUGUGAGUUAAAAGGUGAAAAAGAAUUUGACUGUCAUAGCGUUGACAAUCAUGAGGAAUUGUCUUGGCAAAAUAUUUCAAAAAUGCUCGACAUUUUUUGUUUCCGGCUGUACUUAAUUGCUUUCUUUGUCAUCACAAUACUAUUCAUCCUCAAGAUGCUGAUUUAGAAAACUCUAUCUAACAUCGGUCUUAUGAAGAUAAAAACACUUUUAUAACAUGAUAACAUUAAUUUGAAAAAAAAAUCUUCAAAUUUAUCAGGUCUACUUUUUAAAUCGAUUAGGCGCGUUAAGAUUAUUGAAAACUCGUCAGACGCUCUCCAAUAAAAAUAGAGCAGGCACAAUCAAAUUAAAGAUAUGAAGAGAAAUUCAAGCAAGAAACUCGCCGUUAUUUUAGUUGUAGGAUUAAUUCAAGUUUUUUUCUUUAAAAAAGUUAAAGUACUUCUUACAGUGUAGUUUUUAAAAUAAAUUUAUUAUGUGAUAUUGUCACCUGAUAUCAAUAUCUAAAUAUCAAGUCCCGUACCCUAAACGACUCGUUACCACAGAGUCUAUUAAAAACAAGCAAAGCUAUCACUGGUUACCAAUUAAAGGUCAACAUAUAUAAACAUGCUACUUCAAAACGCCGAGGUAUGUAUGUUGAUUGACGCGUUAUUAUGUAUAAGCUUGAACACCUAUCUAAUUGAAUAAUGUUAGUAAACUUUUGAUAAAUACUGCAAAUUAUUAUGAAGUUUGAAUAAAUCAGUAUUGGAAGUUGUAACUUCAACAUUUAAAUCAUAAGUCAACAACAACGCAUCGUAGUCAAUAUAAUGGAAUAGGUGCGACUUUCAUAAGUGAGAGGUUUAGCUAGCUAUUUGGUUAUUGACUUUCCGUUUUAAAUUUUCC